GCACUGCACUGACGUCUACCUGCGAUUUUGAACGAUUUUCGACCUUGUUUUAUUGGAUAAUCUAACGGAAUAAUCAACCACAAUGAACGGAGAAGAGGUAGAAAACGUUGAGCAGCUGGACAAUAUGAAAAUCGAGGAUGAAGAGGAAAUUGUGACGAACGAAGAGGAAAAUGCGACAUACGAAGAGGAAGAUGCGCCGAACGAAGUUCAAGAAGAAGAAACGAGUGACACUGCAGCUGGCGAUGCCAAUGGCAAUGGUGAUGGUGAUGGUGCUGAGCCUGAGACAACUGAAACUGCAGCUCCCGAUACCAAUGGUGAUGGUGCUGAGCAAGAGGAAGACUCGGGGGAUCAGCCCAUCACUCUCUACAUCAAGGCUGGAGUAACUUCCAAGAUAGCAGAUUGUCCGUUGUGCCAGCGGCUGUUUAUGAUCAUUGUCUUGAAGAAAAUCAAAUAUCAAGUCUGCACAGUAAAUAAGGAAAUCUUACCAGCAGAAUACAAGAAAAUCUUAGGAAACACACCGCCUCCUGUUCUAGUGGAUCCAAACGUUCAGACAGACAACGCUCUUGGCAAGGUCAUCGAUGAUAUCAUCAAGGCAGAGCAUUACCUAGAGUCUGUAUUCCAGCCCAAGCUGGAGAAUGCCAACCCAGCCGCUAAGAAGGUCGGCUCAAACAUCUUCAGUAAAUUCUCAGCAUUGAUGAAGAACCAGGACAAAUCCAAGAAGGAAGUCCUAAUCAACAGAUUAAGGGGAGAGCUCAAAAAGCUUGAUGAUUUCUUGAAGGAUACUUCUGAAGAUGAUGAACUGUCUCCUGGACGUUGCCUGGAAGGUGAUAACUUCACGCUAGCAGACUGCGAUCUCCUGCCAAAGCUCCAUCGUGUUGAAGUCGCAUGCAAAUUUUUCAAGUUUGAAGGAGUAAUGGAUGGUUUUGAUGCUGUUCAGAGGUAUCUAGACGCCUGGAAGGAAACACCGGUCUACCACAUCAUCAAGUACGAUGAAAAGGAAGUCUUCAACACUUACCGCUUUGUGGUCAUGAAAUCAUAACAUUGUCAAGUGGCUGCAACAAAAAUUGGCGAAAACAACAAACAGAAAAGAGGGGAAGAGAGAAUGAUUACAAAGAUGAAAUCCACCAAGUAGGCAUGAAUGAGAUUGCUAUAGUCAUGAACCAACACUGUAAAAAAUAUGCCUUUCUACAUUAUGUUGUAGUAAUUUGCCAUUGUGAGUGGCUAUUUCAUAUAGAUUGGAGCACCAUGAGCAUGUAGUGGAUAAAAUGCUACGAUCCACAACAAUCUAAUAUCAUUAUUGUCACUGAUUCCCCUAGGCCUUUAAAUAAAUUACCUAUUGGUAUGAUUAUCUAGUUUAAGGCAACUUUACAGGUAUUCAAAAUAGUAGCCUUUUUUUGUUAUUUGAUUCAGUUGAAAUGUGUAUAUUCUUAAUGUCAUGAUUAGUCAUCUUGUAAAACUAAACUAAGCCCAAAACUCAGGAUUAAACUCAUUUGGAAAUUCAGUUUCAGUGAAAAAUAGCCAUCUCCAAAUGGUUCAAAUGGACAGGUCCGCUACUGUGCUUGAUGGCAGCAUGUCAACGAAAAAUAGAGUUCUUUUGACUAAAAUCAAUGGUUCUGAAAUUUGAAAAACAUGUGCAUGUAUAAUAUGAAAUAUGCAUUUAUGUUCCGUUGUAAAUUAUGUCUUGAAAUUGUGGUAUAUGACUUGAAUGUAUUUGCGUGGGAACUGUGGGAUAUGGAUUAAUGGAUUGAAUGUAACACCUACCGUUUACCAAUCGAAACAUUGAAUUGCAAUUUUGACAUGAUAAUGUACAUGAUAUAUAAUAUCAACUUAUCAAGUAUAUAUGUUUUGAUUUAGUAUAGGAUAGGGGAGAAAAAUCAAUUAGAUUAUUUGUAGGCACCAAGAUUUAAGAUACUAUUCUAACCAAACACUUAACAGAAAAUUACAACAGUUUUGGUAUUCUGUUUUUCAUGGCAGUAUACCAAUAGGAUAGCUUCUAAGAUGUAAACUUUUCAUUAUAUUAUUUGCUUUUAUCCUAAUCUAACUUGUAACCUUUAUAUUUCAACUUCAUCCAUCCAUCCAUCCAUCAUAUAUGAUAGUUAGCUUCAUGUAUUAUGAUAACAGUACACAUGAUAACAAUUUAAGAUAUUUGAAAACUGGAAAUGACUUAAACAAUUGCCUUUCAAACCCUUAAUAGAUUUUUAGACAUACAUGUACAUGUACUGUAGAUGAAUUGAGAUAAAUAUUGUGGCCUUGUUCCAUAAUUUGACUUAAAAUUGUCACAAUGCUAUAAACCUUUAUGCAAUUCUCAGACUUCGAACACAAUACCUGCCACAAGAGCUAUAAUAUUUAGAUGCAAAACCAAAGACAGUGAUGUACUUGUACAUUUUUGUGUAUUCUGUUAUUUUGAUUGAACUAGUCAUUUAAAAUGUAAAUGAGUCGUCAUCAAAGGGAUUUUGUUUUUACCGCGAGUGCUUUUUCAUUGGGAACCACUUUCAUGUACCCGCGUUUUGAUAAUCAGAGAAAUAACAGUGCCAAAUCGAGAGGGGAAGCCAAUCUGUAAUUCUUGAAGUACUUCUGACGUGUAAACAUAUUGAAUGAAAAUAACCAGAGUUUCUCUCCAGAGUUUCUCUCCAGAGUUAUAAAUUUCAACUUAAAGUGGUCAUCAUUUGUCAAUGAUAUAUUUCAUUAUAUAAUGUUAUGCAGGUGUACAUCAUUCUCCAUGCAUUUUGAUAAGGCGGCUGCCUUGAUCUCUGUAUUAUGCAUAUAUUGUAUUAUUCAUUGAAAUUGAUGAAAAUCAGAUCAUUACAUUUUCUCAUGCUUCAUUUUGUGUUUGUCAUGUAUUCCAUAUUUCCUUGAUACAAGCCUAUUUGUCUAUAAAGCAUCCCUACUUAAACCAGUCAUAUACACAGAGCUUGUACUGUAUCUACAUGCACUAGCCAUCAUGAGGUGUAAUAAACAUAAACUAUAUAUAUAUAUAUAUAUGUAUUACAGAGUAAGAAAAACGUCUACAUUGUACAUGUAUCACAUACAUGUAAAGCUGUUUGGGAAAUGUAUACAGGGACGAUUAUAUUCGUGGAGAAAAAGGAAGGGUUUUCAAAUGAUUACUUUUUGUUAAGUUCAAAUGCUAUGGAAAAUGUAAAAAUUGUCAAAAAAUGAAGGCUGUUUGUAUUCUUUUAAUGCAUCGUAGAGAAUAAUACAUAUGAAUGCGUGUAUCAGCAUGUAGAGUUUGACUUGGAAGUUUGGGCUACACGUCAGUAUACCACGCCUAUAUUUUUGUUUGUUUGAUUAAGAUCUCUUCAGUCAAAUAACCAACCUUUAAAAUGCUGUUCAAACAUUCAUUUCUGCAGUAUUUGAUGAUCAUAUUGUCAUACUGUAGACCUUUAGCAUGUACUUAUCAAUAUACUUUGCUAUGUUUACACAAAAUACUAUUGGCAAAUUGAUUGUGGAUUAUUAGGGGAAAUUACAUAUAUCACUUGACUCAAGUUGACUGAUUGUUUAUUUGAUGUUCAAGACAUAAAUGCUAAUUGCCUUGAAGUAUUAUUUUAAGUUGUACCAAUGGAUCAUUUUGUUUCUUACAUAUUUGAGAAAGAGCAAAGUUAAGCAAUGUUGGAUGGUUGACAAGUUUUUUUCUACAAGGAAGACUUUGUAAAAAAAUGGUACAAUAUGGUAAAUCAACUCAUCAAUUUGUUUUACAAGAAAUGUAGAUUGUAUUGGUAUUUCUACUGUAUUUUAAUCUAGAUAGAUGCAGGAUUGGUAUAAGACAAAAUUAAAUAUGAUUUGGGAGCACAAUUCAAGGAUAUGACUUAUGAUAUGUUUAUAAUUAAAACAUAGCACUAUCUGAUCUUUAUUUUAUCACUCACUAUUACUCUGUAAAAAGAUAUUUCUUUGAAAAUGAUUGAUGCUAAUUUAAGCGGUUGUGGUAGAUAUUUCCUUUUUAAAUUUUCCCACCAUCACCGAAAAGUGAGAACGAAUGACUUUAUGAAGGUGAUAUUUAAAGAUUGAUAUAUCAGUUAGCUCAGAAUUCAGUCUAGGUUAUGUACAUUACAUGUAAAGCCUUUUUUUGGUAUUUAAUCUUGUAAAUAGAUAUUGCACUUUGAUUUUAAAAGUUAACAAGAAAAUGAUGUAUAUGUAUUUGCCUAUGAUUUGGCUUUUUUGUGAUGAAAUGGUGUUAUUUUUCUAUUCUCUUGGUCUAUACACAUUGUGGAAAUUUGAAAAUCAUGUAGAUUUUUCUGAUCCACUGAUAUUUUUUUUCCCUUAAAAAUAUAUGUGGGAUUAUCUCAUUUUUGUUGUUCUUCACAAAAUUAAUGUUAAUUAAUGUUAACAUUUAGUUUUUGAUGAUAUUCAUGUGUACAGAGACUAUAUGAUUUCAUUUUUAGUUAGGUAGGCCUAUUAUAUAGUAGUGCACAAUUUCUUUUUUAUUUUCCUUCCUUUUCAAAUUAUGUUAGCCUUAAGUUGCUAAAUACCUCAUGGUCCUACAGUAACU